GCACGCCAUACUGGUGGGCCAGGACAAGCGCGAGCUGGGCGCCCUGCUCUUCGUCGACGACGAGGCCCUAACCUCGGACGGCGUAAUCGACGGCCCCGCCGCCCCCGACGGCGCCCCCCGCGGCGGGCCCGACGAGGCGGCGCGCGUGCAGGCGCUGCUCGAGCGGGACGCGGCGCGCGCGCUCGCGUCGGCGCGGCCCGACGCGCGGCCCGAGGAGUUUGUGGGCCACUUUUUGGUGGUGCGGCGGCCGCUGGCGGCGGAGGACGGCACGCUGACCAGGACGAUGAAGCCGCGGCGGGCGGAGGUGCUGAAGCGCGAGAAGCAGGCGGUCGCAGCCCUCAUGGCGCGGCUGCGCGGGUGA